AUGGUUGUUAUAGCAGGAAGUGAGAAGAAGCACACAGAAGUCCCCAACACUGUUGAUGAUGGGCAGCAGAUCACCAGGAAGAAUCUUCAACGCUCUGCUCACUGGAAAAUAAAAGUAUUUGAGGUUUAUCUGGAAUACUGUAACAGAAAGGAGUCACACAUCACGUCUUCAGCACAACAGGAAGCGGCUCAGCUGCACAUCCUGACCCUGCUGGAACACAUCAAGCAGCAACAAAUGCAACUUGCUGCUGCUGUCAACAGUCUUGCUGCAAGAGUGGGUACAGAAACUCCAGUGGCUGAGAUGCCGGACAAUAUGAGUUUCCCACUGGCCACCAUGUCUGAAGUGGAGGAGUUGGAGGAGUGGCUGAAAGACUCAAGGAAUUCUCAUGCUAAGCAAAACAUGAUUUCUGCGCUUGGUGCAGUAGGAGGACAGAACACCAAGAGAAUAUCCUGGAAUGUUCUAUCAAAGAUUUUCUCUGACACAGUGGCCAAAAGAAUUAAUUGGAAAGGAGUAAAUGGCAAAAAAUGUUUCAAAGAAAUGCUCACGAGAACUCUAUUAAUCAAAGCUGUAAGGAAGAAUCAUCAGAGUGCACCGGACAGUGAGAUUGACUCUUGCGCCAUAAGAUGGUUCAACCUGGCAUCUGACAGGGGAGGCGGCCGCAAAGACAGGGCGAUGGCCAAGGAGACCUCUUAGUUUGUGUCUUCUGUCUAACUCAUUGUUCAUUCCUGUUUUAUGUGUGCAUUUAGUAUUGUUAAAGUGAAUCAUUAAACUAGGACAUGGUUUUCUUCCUCUUAUGCAUUUGAUUUGAUUUAAUAAAAGAUUUGUAUUUUUUAUUAUUUGUAUUUUUAUACAUUUGUG